AGGAACUGGAGUGAGAGUGGGGAGAGAAAGAGAGAGCACUCUAUGCUCACUUCUAUUUUCCACCAUUGAUCAUCUGUUUCUUCUCUAUGGAAACCAUACUCUCUUCUCAUUCUUUUGUUCCUCUCUUCGGCACGAAAUCUUUUUCUUCAUCUUCAAAAAUACUUUUAUCUCCCUCUCUGCAACCCAGAUCCAGUUCUGUCUACUUCACCAAACCCAUCAAUUCAAGUCUAAGGAAACCAUCUUCUUCUUCUUCUUCUUCUUCUUCUUCUUCUUCACUAAUUAGCCCACUUUCAAUCCCCAGAAGCUGGGUGUCAUAUAUCCACCAUGGAUUAGCAGCUCUAGCACUAUCUCUUGCUAUCAACUUUUGCCCGAUUUCGUCUAGUGAUUCAGCACUUGCAUCAGAAUUCGAUGUCCUCGGUGGAGGGCCACCAACCGAAUCGUAUGUUGUGGAUGAUGCGGGAGUCCUUAGCCGUGUGACAAGAUCUGAUUUGAAACAGUUGUUGUCAGAUUUGGAAUCGAGAAAGAACUUUCACAUAAAUUUUAUCACAGUUCGCAAGCUCACCAGCAAAGCUGAUGCUUUCGAGUAUGCUGACCAAGUUUUGGAGCGCUGGUAUCCCACUAUUGAGGAAGGAAACAACAAGGGGAUUGUCGUGCUCGUUACUAGUCAGAAAGAAGGGGCGAUCACUGGUGGGCCUGCAUUCAUCAAGGCUGUUGGAGACACUGUUCUUGAUGCCACAGUAUCUGAGAACCUUCCUGUCUUGGCUACGGAUGAAAAGUACAAUGAGGCUGUGUAUAGCACAGCCAAACGGCUUGUUGCUGCCAUUGAUGGGUUGCCAGAUCCUGGAGGGCCAAAGUUCAAGGAGAACAAGCGAGAAUCCAACUUUAAAACCAAGGAAGAGACAGAGGACAAACGUGGACAGUUCUCUCUUGUUGUUGGAGGCUUGUUAGUGAUUGCCUUUGUUGUCCCAAUGGCACAAUACUAUGCUUAUGUCUCCAAAAAGUGAGUUUCAUGAGUACAACAGAUAGUUGUACAAAUUCUAUGUAGAGAAACCAAAUUGCAUGAAAUUGAGCACUUGAGGAUAAGAACAGUUUUUUUUUUCUUUUUUCCUUUUUCUUUUUCUUUUUUGCAUUAUCUGUAUAAACAAGUAUUAUUAUUAAAUUACUCUGUUUCAUUCAGAGAGCAUAUGUAGACUUGGAAUUAUGUCCAAGAGUGCAUAUAAACUGUACUGUUAUAAAACA